CCAAUUCAUCAUCCACCCAUCUCCCCUCCAUCAUUUCCAACGCUUCGCUGCAUAUCCGGGCCCUUUCUUACAUUCUGCGGCAUGGGGGCGUCUGUGUCAUGCUUAUCAUUUCCAUCACAAUAAAUCUAACCUUGUCAUAUCGAUCAUUGCUUUCUCCGGACUCGACGUGAACUCGGUCAAGCUAUGUUUCAGUCAUUUACGGGGAACUCCCGCCGUCCACGGCAGGUCAACCUGGGAGGCCGCAACACGAACCCUUUCGCCGCAUAUCCCUCCGGCAGACAGAAUCCUCACGGCGCAGGGCCUCAGAAUACGCUUGCAAUCGCCCAACAGGAACGGUUACUCAGACAACAGGAGAGAGAGCGAUUAGGGGCGAGCCGGACCAUACAACGGACAUGGAGGGGUUAUCGGAGCAGGAAGAUAACGCGCAGUGUGUGGCGGACGGAGUGGGAUGCCACGGAGACGCAGGCGACCGAGGGCCUUUUCUCAUUCGAGACCCUUCUCAAGCAGCAAGAUGCGUUUCUACAACGGCCUCACCGCUAUCGAACGGCAGCGGCUUGUUUGUCACAGCUGCGUUUGCUGGUGCAUUUCUUGGAACCGUGGAACAGCGAGGACGUCCUCCGGCUGGUGUACUUCUCGGGCGUCUUCCAAAAGACCUUGAAUGAAGUCCCGACGAUAGCGACCGAAGGAGAAUGGACGACGCCGCUGAAUCGACUGGCAAGAUUGACCCUUCGUGUGCUCCGUACCGCGACCACCCCGACGCUGCCGGCGUUCGCGGUCGGUCCCCUUCUCCAGCUGCUUAUCUUUCUCACGGGUCUCAUCCCGAAGCAAAUAGCUCGCCUCGCCCAUGACUAUUACUCUGUCAUGAGGAUUCUGACAACGGCCCGAACGCCUCAACUCCCCGGAGACAGUCUUGUCGAGUGCGUCUUGGCUGUGCUUCGGCCUAUCACUUCCGAAACCCUUACAGCCUAUGAGUGGUUUGCGAAGUCCUAUUUGACCAUUCCAAACCUUCCGCAGUAUCUCGGUAGUUUGGAUAGCCUGGCCAACAGUAUCAACUAUAAGCUUCUGACUUCCGCUCUUAAUCCGCUGCAGUCGUAUUUUCGUGAACGUCAGCGUGAGGAUACAGAUUCUUGUCUCUGGAUGCUCGCUUACUUUAUCUACUUCCAUCGGUCUGUAUUGGGAAGCCAUGCCGGGCAGCAAGCUCCGGAUUCUGGCUUCAUAAAGGUCGUAUCUGACAUGCUCAAUUCCACUGCAAUGCAUAUAUCACGACGUAUGGAACAGGAUGACCCUAAUGACAUCGAUGACGACUCUGAAAGAGCCCCCCUGCAUGCCUUCAUCAAGGACCAACUCAUCAGCCUUGUCAAUCAGAGCAGCAUUACAGGCCUUCUUUCCCAACUCCAGUCCACGCAGCUCUCACAAGGUGAGCUGGCGGAUUCUCAGUCGGAUGCAUCUCGAGAAGCAAAGAUACUUGCUACCUAUGCACUGACGUUGUUGCGGGUGUUCCCUCGGAAGGGUGAUGAUAUUCGUAUGUGGCUCUAUCUAGGCUCAGCUACAUUGGAUCAACAAUCGUUAGGCCAGCAGGGAACCAAAAUCCCUGCCAUCAAGUACUUCUGGCAUGCAUCCAGGUCUAGCCGAAUCUUUACUGCCAUCGGCCAAGACUCAACCAAGGUGUUGCCUCUAUUGAAGCCUGUCGACGACUCAAUGGAUACCAGAUUUCGGGGAAUGUCACAGGCAGAGAGGGAUGAAGAAUGGACUAUCAUCCUUCUCUUCCUUGAACUCUAUACGUUUGUACUCAAGGUGAUGGACGACGAAGAGUUUUUCUCCAAUGAGUCGUCUUUCACUGCUUCCUCAUCCACCAGGGUGUCAUGGACCAAGGAGAGUGCCUUGCCGUUGACAGAUAUCAAGGACAUGACACUUUUCCUGAAAAAUCUGGGCUUCACACUAUACUGGAAUUCAGCAGAUUUGAAUGAGCACGAAACUGUUCAGGGUACUGGUGGAAUCCGAAGCUACUUCAGCUCCUCCUCCGCGCUACAGUCUGAUCCUGUGGCUAGCGUGAAAGAGAUUGAGAUCAAGAACAAGGAGAAAGGACUUCCUGGCGUUACGGGCAUUCCGCUUGACUAUUUCAAGGGUCUUGUCACAGGCCUUUUGAGGAUGAUUCACGAGCGAGAUUCGAGAAGGAAGUUUCUCCCUGACGGGCACUGGUUGAUGACAAGCCGUUUCGACAUGGAAGGGUUCAUCCCCGCUGUUGUUGCGGAGGAGGAGAACCGACACCAACUUCAGGAUGAGGAUGACGAAGGACAGGGUGAUCUCACGCCUGAUACCCUUCUUGAACCAUCCUUAGGGCUUAUCGGCACCGGCCGUGCUCAGCAAACACGUCGGAUUGAGGCUCUCAGGCAUCGUCAACAACAGGCUGCUCGUCGGAAGCAGCUGGAGGCGGUAGCACCGCGACUUGAAAUUCUGAGGAACAUGCCCUUUUUCAUCCCGUUCGCAACAAGAGUCCAGGUAUUCCGCGAGUUUAUAUACCGCGAUCAGGUUCGCCGGAGACACGGCUUUGUCGAUCCAGAUGCUUGGCGUAUGUCCGUGGCCGAAGCCACGAUGGGCCGCAUGAUUGACGGGCGCCCUGCUGCGCAAGAUGUCUUAAGUCGGCACCAUGCGAACAUCAGGCGCGAGAGCGUGUUCGAAGAUGCGUUUGAGGAGUUUUACGAUCUGGGAGAGGGUCUCAAGGAGCCAAUCCAGAUCACCUUUAUUGACAAGUGGAACACUGCGGAAGCUGGAAUUGACGGCGGUGGUGUCACCAAGGAAUUCCUGACCAGCGUAACCAGUGAAGCCUUCAAAUCAACGAACGAGAUGAGUCUGUUCGAAGAGAACGACCAACAUCUGCUCUAUCCCAACCCGACAGCGGUUGAGCAACGGAAAGAGCUACUAAGACAAGUAGGCUUCACUGAAAACAGCCUAGAUUGGAACGAGAAAGUACGGGAGUUACUUAGACGUUAUGAAUUCCUUGGCCGGAUCAUUGGCAAGUGCAUGUAUGAAGGCAUCUUAGUUGAUGUCAACUUCGCGCCGUUCUUCCUGCUCAAAUGGGCAUUGACAGGAGGAGCAGGGUCAGCUCAGCGAGAAUCUGCUUAUCGUGCCAAUCUGAACGAUCUGAAGGACCUGGACCAGGGGCUCUAUCAGGGCUUGGUAAGUUUCUGACUUGUGAACGACCUUGUGCCAGUCACUGAUUUUUAUUCGAUUGCAGCUUCAAUUGAAGAACUACCCGGGCGACGUGGAAGACUUUUCAUUGAAUUUCACUAUUACGGACACUAUACCUCUUCCCGGUUCCGGCAGUCGAACGAUCACUCGCGACC